CUCAAAGAGGAAGCGAAAAUGCUGUAUUUCCGCUGCAGCAGCGAGAACGGGCACGUCCAAAAAGAAAGGAAAAUGUGGACAGAAAGGGCAAACUGAGGCCGGAGAAACAGCGUCGAACCACCGCUGUUCUCUUCGCGGACGCUCGGUAACCAGUCAGCGCUUGGUAUUUAAAACUCAGAGCCGAGUGUUUGACUGUUUAAGGGUCGUUUCGAGGUUAACCCUGUCCCCUUGUUCCGUUGUUCGCCUUGAGGAAGCAGCUCGGCGCUUAGCUAGCCUGCUACAGAGAUGGGGACCAGAGCCAGCCGCCUACAGGAGGACCCGGUUCCCUCGGCUUUCGGGAAAGACGGCACAAAGCGGGAUUCCUACCGGCGACCCCGCUGCGCCAGGCCCACCAGCCUCGUUGUCGACGUCUCCGUGAGCUUCGAAUACGCGGAGGCCAACCGGAGCCGCUCGGAGGAAGGCAGCGACUCGGACCUGGGGCAGCAUGGGGCAAGCGCAGACGGCAGCCCCGCCGACCACCACAGCAUCCCCUCCAACAUCAGCCAGACGUCCCCCGCGGACGACAACAAUAGCGAGGGUAAGCCCGAGGAGGACGGCAGCGUGAGCCCGGAGGCUGCCGUCGACGCAGAGCACCAACCUGCAGAGGAGACAGGCCGCACACCCCACCGCACCUUUUCCGAGCGGCUGCCCGGGAAUCGCCACUCUUCCGCCCGCAGCGUUGGCGCAAGAUCCGCCCGGGUCCGAGGCACCCACCAGCGGCCGGUGUCCGAGGCUUGGAUUGGCCUGUACCGUGUUAACAACCGCCAUGGCAAUAUCCGCUGUCCAUUCUGCUCAAAGCCUUUCCCCGGGGGUCGGAUUGAGGAUCACCUGUUGAGCUGCCUCACUUCUCCUCCUCUACCUUACAAUACGGAUGUGCUCAGUAAAGACAGCGGAGAGUGCUCCAUCUGUUUGGAGGAUCUGGUACAGGGAGAGACCAUCGCCAGGCUGGCUUGCCUCUGUGUCUACCAUAAGAGCUGCAUUGACUCCUGGUCCAAGGUGAAGCCCUGCUGCCCCGAACAUCCCUUCGAUUGACUCACAGGUCACAUGAACUCUGCACAGUGACCAACCCGACUCAGGAGACUACACUGAACCCCAAUUCAAAAAGUCCAAAUAAAAACAUGUAAUUGAACAAACAAAAGCCCGCUGUCCCUUCUCAGACACAAACCACAAAUAUUUGAGUGGAGAACAGACGAUCCUGAGAGGAAGCAGUGACGCCCGACACUCUCCACUCGGAUCGAUUGAUUUGAUCGUUUUAGCGCCAAACUCCUGAAACGGCAACAAACAGCUGCUCCAUCUCUAAUCUGCAGUGGAGAUUCUAGUCGGAACAGGAACAACGUGUCUAUUCUGUGGACUUGAACGUAAAAAUAAAUCAAAUAUUAUCAUCCCAGAACAAUCUUGAAGCUGGGGAGGAACACAAAAACAAAAAAAAAAGAAGUUGUCUUAACUGUGACUCUGGAUCCUCUCCUGUGUAUUUUUUCCUUCUUAACCAAACGGGAUCGGUCAUUUUAUCAAGUAAUUUGCAAAAAGAGUAUUGUUCCAUGUCAUACAUUGGACGAAUGUUUUUUUUUUUUUUUCCUCAGCUCGCCCCAAAUGAACCAACCUCACACCGAAAGCCGGAACUGUCGCCGCAGAAACAUCGCUUUAUUAUUUUUUUCGAUCGAGCUGGAAGUUGAGGGCUUGUCUUUGGUGAAUGGGGGCUGCUGUUAUUAAGUGUUCUCUGUUUUCUUUUAACUGUAAAACAUUUCAGGGAAGGUCUGGGGGCUAAUUUCUUUUUAAAAUUAUUUCCCUUUUUUUUCUUGGUCAGUCAGUUUCUCGUAGGUGGUGAGUUAGCGCUGACUUUAAUGUGCUGCUACUUGCUUUGUGUUUUUUAGGUAUUUCAAAGGGCAAUAGUAGCGCCGGUGUUGGCACCAAUUUGAGCACUUUUGUCCCUUAAGGCUGAUUUUUUUGUUUUGUUUUGUUUUCUUUCCUUUCUUUUUUUGGACAUAAGGUCUGGGAUAAGAUUGUAUGAGUGUAUUCAGGGCCUGUAAAUGUCCUGAGCAUGGCUGUAUAUUCAAGAAAGUGUGUGUGUUUACUGUAAAUUGCCCAGAAGUCUGCUUGGUCAAGCGGGUUACAACAUCCUGUUACACGUCUUUUUUUUUUUUGGUACGCGACAUGGCGGCACACAUGGUCCAGUUUUGUCCCCCUUUCCUCUCUCCUCUCUAGGGUUUAAUCUGGAUUUCUUUCUUUUCCUUUUUGAACCAGGCCCCUCAAGCGACAGUUUUGCCAUCUGGUUAAAUGGACGCCAGAUCUGGGGAGGUUGCAAAGGGACGGAUAGAUCGAGGGAUGUAUUUUUGGGGGCAUGUUUACACCAUGUGGUAUCUCCCUCCCUCCACAGCACUGGAGGCUAUGAACAGCUGAUGGUUAAUGAUUACAUAAGCAGCCCCCCUCCCCCUCUUUCCCCUUGUUUUUUUUUUAAGCUAUUAUAAUAUCACAUGAUAAUUGCUGUGUGUGUGUGUGUGUGUGUGUGUGUGUGUGUGUGUGUGUGUGUGUGUGUGUGUGUGUGUGUGUGUGUGUGUGUGUGUGUGUGUGUGUGUGUGUGUGUGUGUGUGUGUGUGUGUGUGUGUGUGUGUGUGUGUGUGUGUGUGUGUGUGUGUGUGUGUGUGUGUGUGUGUGUGUGUGUGUGUGUGUGUGUGUGUGUGUGUGUGUGUGUGUGUGUGUGUGUGUGUGUGUGGCCUUUGACUGGUGAAGGGGUUCUUGUGCAAGCAGGCGUUUGUAGUGUUUAUUCUUGGGCUUUUAAAUCGGGGCAGAGGCUGCUCGGCACACGCCGUCUGAUUAUUGUUGCACAGGCCAGUGGAAUGAUUUUUUUUUAAAAAACAACAUGCUUUUACAGUCAGCUGAGGAGACAAAUCUGUGUUUAACUCGAGUUUGUUCAACCCCCAGCCUUUUUUUGUGUUCUGCUGUCUGAGGUGCUACGACUUGUCCCGCCACUAGAGGGCAGCCCUGUGCAUGUUUCUCAUAUUUUGUAUUGGAGAAUAGAAAAAUAAUGCCAAAAGUCUGUCUGUUCAUCGUGUGGGGGGGGGGGGGGGGGGGGUGUUAAUUGAGUGAGAGAGUGCAGAAGACAGAGGUGCACUGAAUCAUUAGAUGUUACAUUUGUUGUGGUGAUAACUUAUGAUGUGUUCUUUGGCUAGGAGGGGUUGGGGGGGCAGGGUGUUUGUUGGUGGAGGUCGGGUUGUCGAUAAAGAUAAAAACAGACAAUCUGAAUCCCCCACGUGACUCAUUUACUUUCUUACCCUUCUAAGGUGUGUGGUGCAAUACCUCAAUUUUUACCAGUGCUAGCUAAACGCUCUGUGUGGAAACUAGCUCCUCUCCAACCAAGGACGGUGUUUUUUUGUAUAAAUGUCCCUAAGUCCUUGGCCUUCAAAUUACAGGGUGUCGAGUCCACCCCGCAGUUUGAGACCAACGUAUUAGACGAGAAUGUUUUUGUUUUUUUUCAAAGAGUCACCACAGAGGUAUCUGCAUCCCCAAGAUAUGGACAAUCUGCCUUUACUCUGGUAUAAAAACAAUUGAAUUUUAUUUAUUAAAUUGUAAAUAUGUAAUGCAAUUCAAGAAAAUGGCUUGGUCCUUGUCUGUUCAAUAUACUGUUUCUAAGCUCCGAUCUUUUGUAUGUCUCAGAAAUUGUUUUUAUAUGUAUUUUUUACAAAUAAAUAUGUGUGAGAGA